UGAUGGCAGCAAAGAACAAUGAAUGUGAAGAAUAUCAUCUUGGGGAUUUCAUUAAGCGGUAUUACCUCCCCACCAUGUAUGGGAUUAUAUUCAUUGUGGGUCUCGUUGGCAACAUCGCUGCAAUUGCAAUUUACCUGCUGAAGAUCCGUCCCUUCCACAGUAGCGGGAUCAUCAUGCUGAACCUGGCCGUGGCUGACCUCCUCUAUGUGCUGAGCCUGCCCUUUCUGGUCCAUUACUACAACACACGGAACUGGAUGUUUGGUGACUUCAUGUGCAGCUUAGUGCGUUUUUGCUUCCAUUUCAACCUGUAUGGGAGCAUCUUCCUGCUCACCUGCUUCAGUGUCUUCCGCUAUGUGGUGGUGGUGCAUCCGCUGAAGGCAGUCCAGGUUAAGAGGCAGAGCUGGGGCAUCAUCUCCUGCUUGGCCACGUGGUUUUUAUGCCUCAUUUUAUUCAAUCACAUGUUCGGACUGAUCAAAACAAAAACAAUACAACGAUACAACGAAGAUACAACGACGGUCAAUUAUUCAAUCAAUCAAACGGUCUGUAUAGACUUUGCCAGCAACGAUUCUCCUGAGGUGUGGCUGUACAACUGGAUUCUCACCAUAUUUGGCUUCUUGGUUCCCCUGUUUGUGGUGUGUCUUAACUACAUUUGCAUGGCCGUGGCCCUGUCCAGGGGGCCACUCCCACACAGGCCAGCACAUGUGCGUGCCCGUCGGACGACCGUGCUCAUCCUCCUGGUGUUUGUGCUUUGCUUCACUCCCUACCACCUCCUCCGGCUGGCACGUGUGGACACCAAGAAACGGUCCGUGUCCUGCCCAACGCUGGAGGGAGUCAACGUAGUUUACAUCAUCUCACGGCCUCUGGCAGGCCUCAACACCUUCUUCAACCUGGCUCUGUACACCUUGGCAGGGGACAGGUUUAGACAGGCCUUCUGGAGCCUCUUCAGCUGGAAGGCCAGCCUUCCCCAGAGCAUGGUGGCCACUAUCCACAGACCCAGAGGACUGUCAUGCAAUCAUCUUUACAAAUGAAGCUUGUGGGUUGUUGCACCUAUUUGGGGCUUGCUUUUCUGUGUAAUGUAAUGUCAUCCUCUGUACAGUACCAAUAGAAAUGCACAAGAUGGUGCUCUAUUUCACUCCUUGCAGUAGAGGUAGGGAAGUUGGAACCUUAAAUUCUGAUUGGACAGAGACUCCCGCUGAGCCAUUAUUUUCUUACAUUGCAUGGGUAAAUUAUAGUUCAUCAUACUGUCUGAUGUCAUCCUGUUUGUGCAUGGUUGUUUUUCAGUUGUGCAGACAAACAC